GUCACGGAUACAAUUACAAGUAUUUGACUCGUUUUACUGUUAUCUGCCUGUGGGAAGGUGUGUGUAUCAUAAAUAUCACCUGUAAGGCUCAAUGUCUUGACCUUUCGGGCAUAUCACAGAACAUCAAGUGCGUGUGUACACCGCAACCAUGGCACCUUCAAACUCGAUCGACCUCCGCCAGCAACCGCCUUCGUCCUCCCCCAUACCGACAGGCAUCAUCGAAGCAGGAACGACGAGUCAGAAUGCCGACAACGAGGAGGUCGUUGCAAUUGAGGACCGGGACAUCGAUACACCUCCACCCCCACCGUCCACAAGAUUGUCCAACGGGGGUAAAGCGAGGGUGAUUGCUGGGAAUGCUCUUCUUCAACUUCCAAUAUGGGGCUUCCCAAUGACCUACGGUUUAUUCCAAGACUUUUACACCUCCUCCUGGCCACUUUCCGGGUCACCCUCGGGCACGGGGGUGAUAGGUACGACGUCCAACGGUAUCAUCUACCUCUGCAUGCCAUUUUUGUUCGCGGGACUCAGUCGAAGAUGGGCGCACUUGCGACGCGCCGUGUCUUACCUCGGGGUCGCCCUCACGACGCUCAGUUUCAUCCUGUCCUCGUUCAGCACGCGGUCGUGGCACCUCGUGGCCACGCAGGGGGUCCUGGCCGCCCUCGGGUCCGCGCUGUUGUACAGUCCCACGACCCUGUCCCUGGGCGAAAGUUUCACCAUCGACAACCGAGCUCUCGCCUACGGGGUCAUCUUUUCGUCCAAAAACGUCGUGGGCUCGACCUGUCCGUUCCUCCUGCGUGGAUUGCUCGACUCGUACGGGUUCCGAAACACCAUGCGGAUCUGGACGGCCAUCAUCACCUGUACGAGCGUGGUCGCGAUGUUCUUGUUGCCUCCCGACACCGCCGCGUCGGGGAUUCAUUCUCGUCAACACACCUCCCGUCUCCAGACCCGAGAAGACGAAGAUGAAGAAGAAGAAGGUGAAGAUUCUCACGGUACGAGUGGUGGUGGUCGUCGUCGUUCAGCGACACAAGCUCGUCAUCAUCGACCCCGCCGCACGGCGUGGCACUUUCUCACCUACCGGACGUUCCACAUUUACGUCGUCGCCACGGUCCUCCAGUCUUCUGGUUACGGCAUCCCCCAGACCUAUGUCAACAGUUACGCCCACGAGGAAGCCCGACUCUCCACGACCUCGGCCACGUUGUUGCUCACCCUGUUCAACAUUCCCGGUAUCCUGUCGAGUUCCUUUUUCGGCUAUCUGAGCGACAACCGGUUCUGCCCGCUGUCCGCGACCACCACGACGGCCCUGUCCAGCGUCACCUCGGCCCUGAGCGUCUGGUUGCUCUGGGGCCUGGCGGCUCGGCGUGGGUCGAUGACCGCCCUGGCCCUCUUCAGCGUGGUGUUUGGCUUCUUCGCCAGCGGGUACAGCUCCACCUUCGGCGGCGUCUGCAAGCAGCUCGAGAGGGAGGCGGCCGCCCGGAACCAGGCCCUUGACUCCGGCGUCGUCUUUGGCAUGCUCAACGGGGCCCGCGGCGUGGGCUACGUCGUUGGCGGUGUCGCCGGCGUCGGCCUCCUGAAGGCCGGGGAGAAACUCGUCGCCGCCGCCGGCGAAAGCAGCGGAGGAGGAGGAGGAGGACUGGGCGUCGCGGCCUACGGCACCGAGUACGGUCCCUUGAUCGUCUUUACCGGCCUCACCAUGGCCUUUGGGGGUUGGAGUGUCGCCUGGAAACUUUUCCACAGCGUCAACAAAAGGCUGUCGUCGUCGUCGUCAUCGUCUUCGCCAUGUAUGAGAAUAUAAGACUUGAAAGAAAGGAACGGCUUCGCUGUCAUUUGCAGAUAAACAAUCAAGGUUGCAUACCCUGGGUGCAACGUAUUAGAAGUACAUGAAUGACAAUGCAGACAUGUCGGCUUUAUGACGAGGAGUAUUUCCAUGAGAUUCUUCAUCAUCUUGAAAUAGUAUGAAAUCAAAGCAACAACCCCAAACGCAAGGACUUGUACUCGUAUAUACAUAGACACGUACACAUCCACAGAGUACUCCACAACACGCACAAACACCAUACACAUCAUCAAAUCCAAAAAAACCUUUCAUACCUCGUCACGGUGAGUCAGUUGUUGUCACUACGACAUCAAACACAUCGCCUUGACUCCUUCGACCACACUAGCCAACAUUCUCAACCCGUACGCCGAACUCAC